ACGUUUUCUUUUUGGGCAGUUCUUAUUUUUAUUAUUACUGGUACGACUACAUAUUCUCAGUGGUUCUUCAGUUGUCGCAAUUUUAUACUCAGUUUAGCAUCGACAACGCGCAUUGGCACUGGUCUGGUUCUGCUACCAUCAUCCACUGCCUUCUUGCAAGUCGAUAUUAUUCCCAUUUGUGUGUGUUUUGAAAUGCGUAUGCUUUUUAGCCAAUAUGUUCGAACGAACGCUUCGUUUUAGUUUGAUCAUGGUUUUCAUUGUAACAUCUUUGAGUAAUUGCGAUGAAACUACCCACCAAUACUUAGAGAACGCCGUGCGAAGCCUAAAAAGUCUGAGGCAACUUGAGACUUUAAGUAGAACAGGUACUGCGAAGCAGGCAGCCAGAUCUAAAAUAUAUCGCCGAAGCCACCAGUAUGUCGAUGGUGUCCCGCCUUUAGCGUUGACGAAGGGCGAAUUAGCAGCUAUGUAUGAUCAAGCGGUUGCGAAAGGAGAAACGUUAAAAUUAGACACUGGAAAUCAUGAUUACGUGCACGCACUAGUGCAUCAUCUAGAUGAUGACGGUUCCCCAGAAAAGCCUAUGAAUGAAGAUUACACAUCCCCUGGCUCCCAUGAUUAUCCAAGCCAGGAUCAUGAUGCUCAUGAUUAUGGCCAUGAUACUACGCAUCAUGACUACAAUCAUGACACGCCACAUCCAGAGUCCACAAAGGAAGAUGGAGGAUUUUACUAUUACUACUAUCCAAUUAAAAGCUUUUUGGAUGAGAUCAGUUCGCAACCUACCGAGGAAGAUCACAGUGUCAGUUAUCAUAAACCAUCACAUCACCAUAAGGAACUCACUACCUACAAACCACCAUUCACGUACCAUUCACACCAUCAUCAGCACAAUAUUACAAUACAAAAAGCUGUCGAGAAAAAAGAGGAGAAACCCAUGGAGCAUCCUUUAAUCAUGGCUUUGUCAGGUUUUAUAGGCAUGGCGGUGAUGUUGGUGUUCCAAAAAUUUGUUUUACCCAAGUUUGAAGCGAAGCCUAAAGUGAAUGGAGCAAUUAAAAGAAAAGACGAUCUGGAUGACUUUGCCAGAUUUGCUAUGAACGCAAUCGAUGGAAACUGUGCGGAAAGAUUUGCUUGCGAGUUGACGAAAACAGCCAGAUCAUUUGAGAUUGAAGACAACCGAUUCUACAAAUUGCUGAAAAGAGUAGCGCCAGGAGCUUUUGGAAGAUACAUUCAACAUUCCAGAAAAUACGCAAAUAAACAGCUGCAAUGCACAGCGAUUCCUUGUGCACGGAAAAGACCGAAUAACAAUCAGAACAAGAUUCAGAUCAAGAAAGUUGCAAAUCCCAACCAAAAAAAUAAAAAGAACAAUGCUAACAAGAAACUUUAAGAAUGAACCAAAGCCAUUCUAAUUUUAUUAAGUGAUUAUUUAUUUAUUUAUUUAUCAGAUUAUGUAUUUAUUACUAGUUUAAGGCAAUAAAACUGCACAAGUACG